CGCGGCGUGAGAUAUUUGCUGGCCAAAGUGUUGUUUUAAAAACUGACAGUUUGUGGAUGAGAUGAUGGUGUAAAUAGCUGUAAGACAGACGCAUACAAAUAAUCUGUUAAAAAAUUCUGGAUGUGUACUUUAAAUUGGCGUACAUCGCACAAAUUGAAGACGUCAAAGUUGAAGCCAAGGCGAACAAGGAGGCCCCAAUUUGUGUUGGACAUUAACUUUCAGUUUCAGUUUUUACGAUGACGGCCAAUGUCUCGAGAUACAGUGGUGGGUUGUUUAACCCCCAGAAACACAUAUUUCAGCGAAUAAGGCAAACAGCCGACAUCAGUGUGCCACAAAGAACAUAUACACCAAAAUAUUUAGUAGAUGCACCGUUGGCCAGUAGGCAUAAUCAUUUAAUAAAGAAGGGACGACUGACUGGCAGCUGUUGGAAAUGUACAACUGUUAGAGACAAUGCCAGUUAUUGGACAAUUAAUAAUGGAAAGAAGUUGAAUUAUUUAUCAACCACCUACCUCCAGCGUCGUAGUUUCAGUCUCCAUUCACGUAAUGACCGGCCCGAAUCUGUGAUGAAUGUUUUUGAUAGGAAGGUCAAGCGAGUGCAGCGAGAUCGGACAACUCUCCUGGAAGACUAUGAAGUGUACGAUUAUGUGAAGGAAGAGGUAGGAUUUAGAUUGGCUGACAGAAUUUGUGACGUGAAAAGAGUAUUUGACAUUGCUGUGGAGCUAGGAUGUGGGCGGGGCUAUAUCUCCCGUCACAUGACCUCUGAUAUCGUAAAGAAGGUGUUGCAGUGUGAGAUGUCCGAGAAAUUGCUGUUACAGAGUAAGAUCUCAGCGGAUGUGCCCACCCACAGAAUCAUGGCGGAUGAGGAAUUCAUACCUUUUAAGGACAACUCUUUAGACCUUGUGGUUUCCAGUUUGAGCUUACACUGGGUUAAUGAUUUACCUGGAUGUUUUCGUCAGAUCCACAAUGCUUUAAAGAGUGAUGGUGUUUUGUUGGGCAGCAUGUUUGGGGGCGACACGCUGUAUCAGCUCCGCGGGGCGCUCCAGCUAGCAGAAACUGAGCGGGAAGGGGGUUUUGGGUCUCAUAUUUCACCAUUCACAGAAAUCAGAGAUCUGGGCAACCUUUUGAAUAGAGCUGGAUUCACGAUGCUGACCAUUGAUGUAGAUGAAUUGAACAUCACUUAUCCGACGAUGUUUGAAUUGAUGACAGAUUUGAAAGGGAUGGGUGAGAAUAACUGUUCAUGGUCGCGCAAGCUUCAUCUCCACCGAGACACCAUGAUGGCUGCAGCAUCCAUAUACAAAGACAUGUAUGGUACCGAGAGAGGUGUUCCUGCCACUUUCCAGAUCCUGUAUUUCAUUGGCUGGAAACCGGGAAAAAAUCAGGCAAAGGCAGCAGAAAGAGGCUCAGCUAAUGUGUCGUUCAAAGACCUGGAUAAAUUCAAUCAGUUGGUGAAGGAAGUAGGGAAAGUUGGCAAGUCCAAAAGUGCAGAGGAGAAACUGGACCAGUUUGCUGAAGAGCUGCACAACAAGGGAGACAAUCCUGAUUCAAGUAGAUGAUGUGGACAUAUAUAGCAUAAAAAUCUGUCAAGAGAUGACUUGCAUGACCUGGUUAAUUAUCCAGUUACAACAGCAGAGUGGUCCCCCUUUGUUUGAGAAUUGUCCUCAUUUUGCAUGUUUUUCUAACAGAUUUACAUGUAAGUUACAAGUAUUAA